AAUAUCUUCAACCAAUAUCUUAUUACAAUUAUUUAUAGUUAUGUCUCCGGUACCCAGUCAAGUCAUCUGCGUUACCGGUGCAGGCGGUUUCAUCGCCUCAUGGAUGGUCAAAUUGCUGUUAGAGAAAGGCUAUAUUGUCAGAGGAACCGUUAGAAAUCCAGAUGAUCCGAAGAAUAAUCAUCUGAGAGAGCUGGAAGGAGCUAAGGAAAGGUUAGCUCUAUACAAAGCUGAUCUUCUCGAUUUCGAGAGCUUACGUGAAGCCAUUAAUGGAUGUGAUGGUGUUUUUCACACUGCUUCUCCUGUCACAGAUGAUCCUGAACAAAUGGUGGAGCCUGCGGUGAUUGGAACAAGGAAUGUGAUAGUUGCGGCGGCUGAAGGUAAAGUGCGGCGAGUGGUGUUUACGUCGUCGAUUGGAGCGGUUUACAUGGAUCCGAAUCGGGGUCCAGAUGAUGUUGUUGAUGAGAGUUGUUGGAGUGAUUUAGAAUUCUGCAAGAACACUAAGAAUUGGUAUUGCUAUGGAAAGGCAGUGGCAGAAAAGGCUGCGUGGGACGAGGCUAAGGCGAGAGGGGUUGAUUUGGUUGCAUUGAACCCGGUGUUGGUGUUGGGCCCACUUUUGCAACCUACGGUCAACGCUAGCAUUGUUCAUAUCUUAAAGUAUCUAACUGGGUCGACAACGACCUAUGCUAAUUCGGUCCAAGCGUACGUUCAUGUACGUGAUGUGGCGUUGGCACACAUUUUACUAUUUGAGACUCCAUCGGCUUCUGGUCGGUAUCUGUGUGCUGAGAGUGUGCUUCAUCGCGGAGAAGUGGUUGAAAUUCUAGCCAAGUAUUUUCCGGAGUACCCGAUUCCCACCAAGUGUAAAGAUGAAACAAAGCCAAGAGCGAAGCCAUAUAAGUUCUCAAACCAAAAACUCAAGGAUUUGGGUCUUGAAUUUACCCCGGUUAAACAGAGUUUAUACGAGACGGUUAAGAGCUUGCAAGAGAAGGGUCACCUCCCGGUGCAACCGACCCAGGCCCAGACCGAUGAUCACAUCCGUAUUCACUCCUAGUGAAUUUUUUACAUGAACAAACAAUAUAAGUAUAAAGUAUGUUUGUGUUUUCAGCAUGUCUUUAAGUGUAACACAUAUAUUCUAUGUACUGUUGUCACUUGUCAAUGCAUUUAGUAGAAACACAUAAUGGUGUACGUUAUGUGACAUGAGUUGAUGUUUUACCUACAAUCUAAGAUGUAACCUAAUUGUGUAUGUUCUACAGUUAAAUUUUGAGAAUUGCAGUGGUUGGUUAGUUA